AUGCAGAACAUCAUCCAUUCGGCCCUGCGCCUCCUGCAGUUCCUGUUGGUGCUGCUGACCACUGCCCUCAUCGGCAAUGUCAUCGCCACCAACUGGGGUGCCGCCGGCUCCGCCAAAGCCGCUGUCAACUUCAUCAUGUUUGUGUGCGCCUUGAGCUGGAUUGCCGUCUUGUACGGCCUGAUCUCGCAUUUCGUCUCCGCCGCCGCCAUGCCCAUUGUCGCACUGGCGCUGGACGCUGCAGCCACUUUGUUCACCUUCAUUGGCGCCGUCGUGCUGUCUGCGAAACUCACUGCCGUCAACUGUGGCAGCAACUUCCACAACAAGCCCAGCGAUUGGGUUGCCUUCGGCGGGAACGACACCGAGAAGCACUGUCGCGAAAUCCAGGCCAGCGUCGUCUUCCUGUGGUUCCUGUUCGCCGCAUUCGCCGCUAGUCUCUUCUUCGCCUUCAAGGCCUUCCGAGGACGUGGCGGAUCCAUGGGUCGUCCUAGCAUGUCCCAGGUCGGCGUCUAG